AUGGCGUCGCACCCGAACCAUCAGCGCAGGCAUGGCUCUAGUACUCUCCCGCUCGAUGUUGACGGCUUGGUCAGCCGCUUUGGCAUCGCUGCACAGAUCUGGAUGUUCGGCGAGAUCACUAGGGCCGUCAAAAAGGCAAAAGUAGAUCCAGAAACUCCGGGUGUGACCGUCUCGCAAGUCAUCGCCAUCCACCGCCUUCUGGAAUCCGAAGCCCCAUUCGAAGACGCCGACGCCCGAGAGGCUCACCUCUGGAUGACGAAUGCGUUCCCAGAAUUAAUGGAUACCGGCACUCUCACCCUGGAAAACUUACUCAAGUACGCAGCCGACUUGCGGGGCCGCGGGAUGCACGGGACCUGCCUGCAUUACGACAAUCUCAGGAAAGACCUGGGCGAUUACCUGUUGGAACACGCGCUCUAUCCGGAAGACGAGUCAAUUGAUAGCAACCCCGGCGGCACGCAAGCAGAGCGGAGGGAGUGGUUGCGUCAAUUCUUGGACGAGGAGGAUGAGUCAAAGUGGCCAAGUAUCAGGAACGAGCCCAAAGACCAUCGAGCAUGGCUCAGGAACCAUCUCGCGUUGGUAGACUUCAUGGUCGAUAUGCACGGCAACUUACCGAUGGUAGUCAUGCAACGCUAUGGCGCUGCCGUCUAUGACGCCAAUAUGGAUCAACUACGGGGGAACAUCGAGCCUGCCAAACAGUUGAUUAUCGAAGCGGUUGAGUAUGCAGUCAGAGAGAUUGUCGCUGAGUGUGACGGUGUAGUCGCAAGGAUGGAGCCGUACAUGGAAGUGCUGAAGGCGGCUAUCAAGGACCUUAUGAAGUAUUAG